AUACCCGGAUUCAGUAUAAAAAGAGAAUGUUCUCUUAUGUGUAUGAGACUGCCGGUUAAAUAACUACUUUGGUUGUUUACUGAUUUUCAACUACCACCGAUCACCAACAGGAUUAAUGAUUUUUUUUUUUCACGAAUUUUACGUUAUUUCUUCAGCAUAUGACAAAUAUGAAUGACAAUUAGCGGUCAUCAUGGAAAAAGCAUUUGUUGUAUCCACGACUGUGGCAGUGGUGAGCUCUGGUCUAGCAGCAUGGGCUAUGUACAAGUGGCUUGAUACUCGAGACACUCUUUUAACACAUCUAGACAAAUACAAUGACAUGAAGGAAGUGCAUAGGCAGUUGUUACAUCACUAUGGCAAAUCAAAGAACCUGCCAAAAUUGAGUGAAAUUGUUCCAGAGGAGGCUGACAGGUAUCACCCACAUUUGGCCAAGUUUUGUAGUGACAUGUGUGAGAAGCACAAGGUUUCAAGAGGACGCAUCCUUGAUGUUGGCUGUGGGCCUGGUGGCACCUCCUUUCACCUUUCCAAUUAUUUCACAAAAGUUAUAGGAACAGAUGUAAGCUAUUAUAUGAUAGCUGUUGCACAGCAGGUCAAGCAGUUUGCAGAAUUUGCAUCUCCAUUUUCAACAGAAGGGGGAAAUCACAUUUCCAACCAAGGCAUCCGAGUUCCAGAUUCUGCUGACAGAGAAAGAGUUGAGUUCUGGGAUGAGGAUAUGUGCAUUCCAUCAUAUAAAUUUGGAAAGUUUGAUUGCAUAUUAGUCUCAAACACUCUCACUGACAUGCAUGAUCCAAAGUAUUUUCUUGAGAGUAUUGGUGAUUAUGCUCCCACCGGAGCAUUGAUGAUCAUAGCUGAUGUGUACAACUGGAAAAAUGGACCAGAGGAGGUUCUUGGUGGUGAAGGAGAUCGUCUUACUUUCUUUUUAUUGAAGAAAAUCUUAUCUCCGUCCUGGACUUUUGAGGAGGAAGCAGAGAUGACAUAUUUUAUACCACGUUGCAUGCGUCUUGCUGAACUAGGGAACGCACAUGUCACUGUCUGGAAAAGAAAACAAGAUGGUAUAGAUAAAUAAUUUGUUUUGUUUAUUGUAUAGUUUUCUGAUCACUUGAGAUAAAUUUUAUAAACCUUGUGAUUAUCAGAGCAUUGGGAAUUUACAAACCUAGGAAUAUUGAAUACUAAACUGACUCAUGAUCUUUAUUUUUACAAAAUGGGUUUGUAAUAUAGAUUUUUGCAAUUAAAUUGUUUCAUCAUGUGAUAUGUAUGACUUUGAGUCUUGAAGUAAGAAAUUGGUAAAAAUAAUUGUAACUCAUUUCUAUAUUCAAGCCUUAAAAUUAAUUCUUAAAAUAUGCAUUAUGUAAAACCAAUGUGUUCACUCACUACUAUUCUGUGAUUAAUAUUUAAAGGUAAAAACACAUGACUUAAUACUCAUCAGUGUGCAAUUUACUGAUAUGAUGAACUACUGACAGAUUUUGUGUUUGUGUGUGAUUUUUCUAAAUACAAUAUAUAUAUUUUUUUACUUCAUUUGCCUUUAAUCUCUUGUUUGUGGUAGUCAUAUUGCUUUAUUCACUGUAAUUUAUGAAACAGCUUGCAUAUGUUUUGGGAAAAGAUGGUUUUAUAAUAAUUUUCACAAAUUUUUAUUAACAUUACCAAUUCUAUAUUAGAUGGUUGAUGUUCUCUACUUAUCAAUGUGUAUUGGCAAACACACAUUCAUUCUGCUUAGAGGCAGUCUGAUAUAUAAACACUCAACAAAGCAAUAGGAUAGGAUGACAAGUACACAUGAAAGCAUAAAAAAACUACGUGUGGGUGAAGACACAUACAUAUAACCGUACACAAAACAAUAGUUAAGAGUUAAGACAAAUACAUUCUGAUUUUAUAUAAUGUAAAAGAUUUUUUUUUUCCAAAAAUAAAAUAUAUAAAUCUGUAAACUGUCAGAAAAGGUGACCAUAUUAUGUAUUUGAACUUGCUUUCAAGCACCAUUGAUAAUGAUAGUUACUUCAUAUUAAAGAAUAAAAGAUCUUAAAAGCAUUGCAUAAAAUGCAGAUGGCACUAAUACCAAGUAAGUUUUAUUGUGACCAUGACUAUUUUUUAAAUUUGGGUUGCUUCAGAAUAAAGAUAGAGGCAUUGGGAGCUCAGCUUGCAA